CUAUUUUAUUCGAGUUUUAUCGGUUAGUUCGCACCACCACAAAAAAUAGUCAUGGAGCAGGCUCCGGCCGUGAAGGCUUCGCCGGCGAAGCCUCGGAGAAACUAUUAUGCAUUGGGCUGCUCUAUCUUGGCGUCCAUGACUUCCGUCGUCUUGGGAUAUGAUGUUGCGGUGAUGAGCGGCGCCAACAUGUACAUCAAGGACGACCUGAAGAUCAGCGACACGCAGAUCGAGAUCCUCUCCGGCAUCAUCAACCUCUACUCCAUCAUCGGGUCCAUCGCCGCGGGGCGCACGUCGGACUGGAUCGGCCGGCGCAACACCAUGAUCCUGGCGUGCGCCAUCUUCUUCACCGGCGCGCUCACCAUGGGCCUCGCCCCCAGCUACGCCGUCCUCAUGGUCGGCCGCUUCGUCGCCGGAAUCGGCGUCGGGUACGCCCUCAUGAUCGCGCCUGUCUACGCCGCUGAGGUCGCCCCCAGCUCCUCCCGAGGCUUCCUCAGCUCCUUCCCGGAGGUGUUCAUCAACUUCGGCGUGCUCCUCGGCUACGUCUCCAACUUCGCCUUCAACGGCCUCCCGGCGCACCUCAACUGGCGCGUCAUGCUCGCCGUCGGCGCGGUGCCUCCGGUGUUCCUCUCCGCCGGCGUGCUCUUCAUGCCGGAGUCCCCUCGGUGGCUGGUGAUCCGGGGGCGGAUCGGGGAGGCGAAGGAGGUGUUGAGAAAGACCUCGGACACGCCGGCGGAGGCGGAGCUGCGGCUGGCGGCGAUCAAAGAGGCGGCGGGGAUUCCGCCGGACUGCGCCGACGACGACGUGGCUGCGUGGAUUCCCAAGCGGCGGAGCCGCGGGGAGGGCGUGUGGAAGGAGUUGCUGGUGAGGCCGACGCCGGUGGUCCGGCGGAUACUCUUCGCCGCCCUCGGGCUGCAGUUCUUCCAGCAGGCGUCGGGGAUCGACUCGGUGGUGCUCUACAGCCCGACCAUCUUCGAGAAGGCGGGUCUGCAGAGCAAGACGCAGCGGCUGGGGGCGACGGUGGCCGUGGGCUUCUCGAAGACCUCGUGCAUCCUGGUCGCGACCUUUCUGCUGGACCGCGUAGGGCGGCGGCCGCUGCUGCUGAGCAGCGCCGGGGGAAUGGUGGCGUCGCUGCUGACUCUGGCCUCGUGCCUGCGAGCAAUCGAGCGGCAGGGGGAAGCGGCAACGUGGGCGGUGGUUCUGUGCAUCGUGACGGAGUUGACGUUCGUGGGGUCGUUCUCGAUCGGGCUGGGACCCAUCGCGUGGGUGUACUGCUCGGAGAUCUUCCCGUUGCGGCUGAGGGCGCAGGGCGCGAGCCUGGGGGCGGCCAUGAACAGGCUCAUGAGCGGGGCGGUCACCAUGUCGUUCCUGUCACUCUACAAGGCCAUCAGCAUCGCCGGCAGCUUCUACCUGUACGCUGGCAUCGCCGCCGCCGGCUGGUUGUUCUUCUUCAUCUUUUUGCCGGAAACGAGGGGUAGGAGCCUGGAGGACAUGGAGGAGUUGUUUGGGAAAAAGGGGAAGGCGGCGGAGAUUCAGAAAGGGGGAAUUGAGAUGGCGAAUGAGGAUGCUAAAGCUAACGUAAUUGUAAUUGGGCGUGAUUAGUCCAAUGAAUAUCAUCCUAUGAAAAUCUGAAUUCAUACUG